AGCGGAGCCCAAUUCCCAAAUGGGUCACGUUACAGUUUGUAACGAGUCAAACUCUGUUACACACACAUUGUGACACUAGGAAAGGACUGGGGGUGGAAUUAUUAUUCCCAACACUUGUCCUCCUGUCUCAGUUGCACAGUCUUGGUGCAGGACCUGGUGUUUGUCAAUUUCACAAGGGGGCCAUGUGGCUGACGUCAGGAGUGAAAUUACAAUUGGGGAGCAGCCAUUCGGAGUGAAGAGAGACAGACAGACAGACACAGACUGACAGACAGACACAGGCAGACACAGAGAGAGAGAGAGAGAGAGAGUCCCCGCUUCAGCCGGACACCACUCACCCCGGGAGAAUGAGCCACAGCAUCGACCUCUCUUCACUCAAUCUCUGCGCCGCAUUUUAGAUCGAAAUCCCGGCUCAAACCUGGAACAUUUCAGCAUUGACUUCAAUAUGAAAAUACUUCCGGCUGCUUCACUUAUUCUUCUCUCGGUGAUUAAUUAUGGAUCCUCCCAGAACUCGAGCAAUCCUCUUCCGGACAGAGGCUGCGGGUUAAACCUCCUUCCUCACUACCUGAACCUGUGCAGCCUGGAUGUAAUCUGGGGAAUAGUUGUGGAGGCAGUGGCAGGUGCAGGAGUACUAACUGCAUUCUUACUGAUGCUGAUUCUUCUGGUGAAGUUACCAUUCAUUAAAGACAAAGAAAAGAAAAGUCCUUUGGGAAUCCAGUUCCUGUUCUUGUUUGGCACACUCGGGCUGUUUGGACUAUCAUUUGCAUUCAUUAUACCAGAAGACAAGAGAACAUGUCCCACAAGAAGAUUCUUAUGGGGAGUUCUGUUUGCACUUUGCUUUUCAUGCCUGUUGGCGCAGGCAUGGAGACUGCGUCAGUUGGUUCAUCAUGGCAAAGGCCCAUCAGGAUGGCUGCUAGCUGGCAUUGCAAUCUGCCUCAUGCUAGUUCAAGUUAUAAUUGCAGUGGAAUGGUUGAUCCUAACUGUUGUCAGAGAUCAAAAACCUGCUUGCAACUACGAGCAGAUGGACUUUGUCAUGGCAUCGAUUUAUGUUAUGUUCCUGAUGGCUGUCACCUUGUUGCUUUCUUUCUUAACCCUCUGCGGAAAGUUCAAGAAAUGGAAGAAGAAUGGAGCCUGCGUUAUUCUAACCAUGUUCUUCUCCAUCUUGAUAUGGGUCGCGUGGAUGGCCAUGUACCUGUACGGCAACCGAGAACUGAAGAAACAACCCUUGUGGGAUGACCCUGCUCUCGCCAUUGCACUAGUCACCAACGGAUGGGUGUUUCUUAUUUUUCAUGCCAUCCCAGAAGUCCAUUGUUCAAUUAUCCCAUCAAAGCACAACACACCAGAUUACUUUGAUGCAGUUCAGCCCAGAAUACGUGAGACUAACUUUGAAGAAGAUUUGCAACUUCCACGUACUUACAUGGAGAAUAAAGCUUUCUCUUUGGAUGAAUCUGGGGCAGCCUAUAAAUCUGGAUUUCGCAAUGGGAGUCUGGGACAUAGACCCAACAUUCAACUUCGGAGCAAUGUUUAUCAACCUACUGAAAUGGCAGUUGUCCUUAAUGGUGGAAAUAUCCCAACUGCUCCUCCGAGUUAUGCAGGAAGGCACCUUUGGUGAAGGCUAAACUAUUCAAGUUAUAAGCAAAUUCCAGCAGCUCAAUGGACAAAAUUCAAUACAAGCAAUGAAGACUGUGAUAGUAACACAAGUAGGAGCUGUUGAAAGCCCAAUUAAAUGGGAAUUUAUUCUAAACUGAUAACUUUUUAUAGGAUGUACAGUGAAGCUUGUAGGGUGUACAUACAAAGUACUUUUUUCUUUCUUUUAAAGCCUCAAGACUGUAGUUGAAAGCAGCACCAGAGUGAUGCUGAAGGAAACCUUGGCUCUGCAGUUUUUUUGUGUUGAUGUAUAUAGGGAUUGCAUUACAUUUAAUAAAUUGUGGCAAUGUGUAACUUUCAA